AUGGCUGCAGAGGAGUUGAGGGCAUGGAGGACGAAAUUGGAUGAGCAGAAGGCCGUUGGCGCAAGGUGGAUAGCCAGGGGGAGGGAGCAGCUUAAGGACAUAUUGAACACACUGGAGAUGGAAAAGGCUGCUAUAGCGGAGAGGCGGAGGGCAGCUGAAGCCAAGAUGGUGGAUGUGGAACGUUCCAAGGUCCCACCUUGCCUGCAGGAGGAUGUGGAGCAGCUGAAGAAAAUGUCCUCUGCCUUGGAGGCAGAGGUCCCUGCCAAGAAGGCCAAUGUGAAGAAACUGAACGCAUGUGUGGAGGAGAUGACUGCCAGACUGGCGAGGAAGAAGAAAAUCCUCAGGCAGUACUUAGAACAAGUCAAGAAGCUGAAGACCCAGCAAAAGCUUGCCAACAGGUUCUCAGCAACGCCCAAAGAGUCAUGGGUUGGCCCCACUCCCCCAUUUUACAUCGACAGACACAAAUCUGGCAGGCAAAACCAGGGCCUUGUUUAUGGCAGCGUGACGGUUGCCGACGAUGAGAAUGGCCAGCCCCAUACAGAGAAGGUCCUGAAGAGACCUGGCAUUGUGCCCAUCCUAUACUACUGUGAUGGUGUUCCACUAAUGUCGACUGGGGGUGGGACACCACCCAUCAAGUCUUACCUCCUACACACGAUCAGGGAGGAGAGUGGCCCAAGAGAAGACAGUGCAGAAGCAGACAAGAGCCCCUGCGUGGGGGAGGAAGAGGGCGCCAACGGGAAGCAUGCUGAGCAUAAGGACUGCAUGGAACCAGAAUCACUGCCUUGUCCUUCAACCCGGGGUGCCGCUGGCUCACCAUCAACACCCAGAUGCACGAUCACCAGUGCAGCCAGGACAGCCACAACGGCCAAGAGAAUUCAGUCGCCAAAAAGUGGCGAUGCCCAAGAAUCUGCAAAGGCAAGGCCAAGUGCUAAGAGGAGCAAGACGUCAACAAGUGGUGGGAAAGUAUUUUGGACAGACUAUCGCGCCUGGCGCCAGGAGAAUGAAUGCAAACCGUAUCUGCAAGAACAAACCUGGCUGAAGGAGAUGUCUAGGCGUGCGGAACAAGAAAUGAAGGAGGCACAGGAGGAAAGGAAGUGGAGGAGGUGGAGGAGGGAGCACCAGUUCAUGGCUCAGCCGAUGCCACAGUUCAGGGAGCCAGUCUUGGAGUGCCACAGUGACAAGCAGCCGACAGUCCCUGCUGCUCCAAAGCUCUGGGCAGAUGAAAGGGCAAGGACACGGAAGUUCCCAACCCAAGAGGCAAGUGCAGUCUAUGCAAAGCUGAGGAAACAGUACAUUGCCAGAACGAGGCAGAGCAAGCCCAAGACAGGGAUUGAGUAG